AUGCACAAGACGUACACGGACUGCUACGGAGCCGCAGGCUUCAGGGGAGGCAAUUGGUCGUACGCGCUGAACACGAACGAGACAUACGGCACAGCCACGGCGGCCCUCGAGGAGAUGAUCGCCCCAGACGAGCGCAGGCUUGCGUGUUAUUACCUGGGCUGGGAUGGUGUCGAGCACCAUCAAGAAUACGCAACCACGUCUCUGUUCUUCGAAGAGAUUAACAAACUUCGCCCAUAUUUCGGCCCGGGGACUGGGGCGUGGUACGUCAAGUUUGAGAAACAUUCAUCAUCUAGGGAGUCGUAG